UCAUUCAAAGAGUGGACGAUUCAUUGGAGGACCGGACAUCGCUAUAUUGCUCAUGUGGUCUGCUCCGGUUUAUCCUAUAGUACAUAGGUCACUGCACCCUUCAAAUCAUUAAUUAACACGACUAGCAGCAGAUAUGGCUCAAGCGAAAAUUAACGCUAAAAUGAACGAUGCAUCUAAAGGCAAAUUCAGCCGAACGCUUUCGAUGGCGGACCGGUCCGGACGAUUACUGGAGAGUCUGGAUCAGAUUGAGACGAGGGUGGAGGCUCUUCGUGAGGAAGCCAGUGCUAUGGAGCAGGAGAGAGAGUGUUUAAUCGAGAUGAUCCAGUCCAUACGAAACAGUCAGGAACUGAGGAGCGUUUGUGACGGGGAAAGGGAAGAGCUCUCUCUGACCGCCUCUAGACUCCUGGGCAGGACAUUAACGGUGAGCAUUUCUGUGGACACGAUCCGAAACGAGCAGCAGGAAGAGGCCUUGAAGAAAGCCACGGCCAUCAUCGAUGAGAUCACUGGGAAGGUGCUGGAGGACAUGGAGGGGGCCAGAAAGCGUCUGCAGGCCCUCCACGCGGCGUGUGUGACCGACGCGCCUCCUGUGCCUCUGGAUCAGAAGUUUCAGAGCGUCGUGAUCAGCUGCGCCCUGGAGGACCAGAAGAAGAUCAAGAGGCGCCUCGAAACCCUCAUCAGGAACAUGGACAAUGCCCAGAAAACCAUUCAAAUCAUGGAUAACCAGAAAGUAGAUCAUUCCAGUCUUAGCAAUGGCAAAUAGAGGCUGAGGGACUGACGAGCGCCACACGUGCCUUUCCCUGACAGCACACAUACAUCACAGAGACGUCUGCAAGAUGUAUUUUUAGUGUUUGCUCAUCUGCUAUGUACUAUCUGCAAUUGCAGACCACUGUUAAAGGAUAGCACACGUACAUCUGCAUGACGUCUGUUAGAGAUCACUUGAUCUGGAAAGCAUCUGUGUACAGACGUCUGUAAGAUGUCAGUUUACAUUCAUUCUAAAUUACAAACAAAGACUUCUAAUAAACAUCUAUUUGACAUCUACAAGGAAAUGUCCUAUAGACAUAUUGCAGAUGAACAAACACCAAAUAAUACGUCUUGCAGACAUCAAGUAGACGUCUUCGUGAUGCGUGUGUGAUAUCAGGGACAUAACUGAUAAAUAUGACCCUGGACCACAAUCAUAAGGGUCAAUUGUUUUGACCAUCAUCUGAAUAAAUAAGCUUGCCAUUGAUGUAUGAAUUGUUAGAGCUGAAAUGCAACUAUUUCUAAUUAUAAAUUUGGCCAAAUGAAGUUCUUAGCAAAUAUAUUUUUUCUCUAUUUAUGGUAGUAAAUGUACAAAAUAUCUUCAUGAAACAUGAUCAUUACAUAAUAUCCUUAUGAUUUUUGGUACAAAAGAAAAAUCUAUAAUUUUGAUCCACGCAAUAUAUUUUUGGCUAUUGCUACAAAUAUAACCGUGCUCCAGGUUUUGUGGUCCAGGGUCACAAAUAGAUUUGUAGUUUUUAUUACCACUGAUAGCAUCUUGGUCUUAUGCAUAUCCCUAUUUAUUUAGCUUUUACCUUCGGUGCUUUUCCCUUACAGAAAAAAUAAUAAUGAUCACAAACCACUAACAUUGUGUUUUUGAUUUAUUAACUAAUAUGAAAAUGCUAAAUCACUGUCAUUCUGUUGGGAUCUACUAGCAUUCCCGCUGGAAGGCCCAUGAAUAUGGUUUUCCUGGCGUGUGAGCGUUUAUUUUUAGAGCAGCUACACGUGGUUUUCUCGCUUGCUCUGUACAUUCUAGCGAGAGCGUUGGGCUCAGCUUGCUGGGAAUCUCACAUUCGGCCGUCAGGUUCAUCUCUACAGUGAAGAACAACCACAGACUGGUGCAGCAGGAGGAAACACUACAGAGAAACACUACCUGACUUUGAUAAUACUGCUGUUUGGAUUCCUAAUCACUUUUGAAAUGGCUCUUAAAAUGAGAAAGAAUACCUUUAGUUUACACAUUUUCAGUUGUUUGAGAUUUUAAAAAAUAGAGAGAGAGAGAGAGAAUAGGCCAUUUCUGCCUCAUUAAUUAUAUUAAAGUGCAAAAUAAUAUGCUCAGUAGAAAUGCACAGGUUUUCUAGUUUAUAGAUUCUCCAUUUCAAGACAAUGUGAAGUUCAUAACUGUAUAAUAAGUCAUUUGACAAUUUAAUUAAAAUCUAAACCUUGUGUUACAGUGAUUAUAUGGCAAUGAAGGGCUGUUGUAGGGCACAUUGCUUUUGUAAAUCAGUCACAAAAGCUUUAUGACAGAAGAUGCCAAUAUUAAAUUAUAUAUAUAUUAUUAAUAUUAGGUUUAAGUGUGAGUAGGCAGUUUACAGUUGCCAGAACUAUCUAAAGUCACAGUCUAGGUUUUCUUUGGCACUGUGGAUUAUGUUUUUUUGUUUUUUAAGUAUUCACAUUGUUUUGUAAUCAUGCAUGUAUAAGGUUGUCACAGUAUGAUAAAAAAAGUACCACGAAAAUAAAACAACUACUUCUUUA